AUGGCUAUGUUUUUGAUGGCCUCUAGGGUGGCGGCCCAGAAUGCAUGGGAUAACGCUUUUGCGACGUUUUAUGGUGACAUAAGCGGCGCAGAAACUAUGGGAGGAGCAUGUGGCUAUGGCGACCUCCUCAAGCAAGGCUACGGCCUCGAAACGGCGGCAUUGAGCACAGCCCUCUUCAACAAUGGCCUCACAUGUGGUGCAUGCUUCGAACUCCAGUGCGUCAAUGAUCCCCAAUGGUGUGCACCAGGGACCAUCACCAUUACUGCCACCAAUUUCUGCCCCCCAAAUAAUUCCAAGCCGAGCAACAAUGGUGGUUGGUGCAAUCCUCCUCGCAAACACUUUGAUCUCUCGAUGCUAAUGUUCACGAAGAUUACCAAGGACUACCAUGCCGGGAUCGUCCCAGUGCAAUACCGAAGGGUCCCAUGCAUCAAGCAAGGUGGCAUAAGGUUUGAGAUCAAGGGCAACCCAAAUUGGCUCUUGGUGUUGGUCUAUAAUGUGGGGGGGGCCGGGGAUGUGAACGCCAUGCAAGUGAAGGGGUCGAGUACCGGGUGGAUAACUAUGGCUAGGAAUUGGGGCCAAAACUGGCAGAUCGGACAAAACUUGGUGGGGCAAAGCUUAUCGUUUCAAGUGGCAACAAGCGAUGGAAAGAUGGUGCAAUCCGAUAAUGUGGCACCAUCUAACUGGCAAUUUGGCCAGGUAUUUGAAGGGAAGCAGUUCUAG